CUCUCUCCUCUUCGCACCCCUCUCUUCACCUUAUACUACUUCUUCUGCUGGAUUUCUCUGUUUGCUUGCAGAUUUUGAGAAGUUGCAAAAAAUCUGGAACAAGGGAAGCAGAGUUCGCUGGAGGCGGUGAAGCUAGCGAUACCGGAUCUUCGACGAAUUUUGGUCCGGCGAGCUCAUUUUCUAGUUCAGGUGAAGUAUCAAUGUCGACAGAGAAGGAUGUUGUAGAUGAAUAUGGAGAUGAUAAUGCUUGUGAUGCUGUUACUGAACUGGAUAGCAGAGAAAUAGUUGGUGGUUCAGUUUCCAAUGUCGUCAGUGACUCUUCAGAGACUUCUGGCACGGAAGUUGCACGUUUCACUACACUGCCUCACAAAAUAUUUAGCUCAGACAAAUCUGAAUCACAUUCAGGUCAUCUUAAGUUGGAAAGAUCAAAAACUGAGCCACCUACACACAAUAGUCAAUUUGCUCAAGAGGCAGCAAAUAUCUCUGAUGACAGCGAUUCUGAACAACAGAAGCUCAAGUUGUUGAAGAGGAUCGCAACUGUCAGAGACAAUGGAACUGUAGAAUUUGAGAUUCCGGGUGAUGAAGAAUCCAGGGUCCUUGGAGUUGAAUCUCAAAGUGUCUGUAAUGAAGUUGAAGAUGUGCCUCUUGAUGAACUAGAACUUCACUAUAUUCCUCCAAUACAGAUUGUAAUGCUUAUUGUUGGAACACGUGGUGAUGUGCAACCUUUUAUUGCAAUUGGCAAACGUUUGCAGGAGUAUGGCCAUCGAGUGAGGCUGGCAACCCAUGCAAAUUUCAAAGAGUUUGUCUUAACCGCUGGGUUGGAGUUCUAUCCUCUCGGGGGUGAUCCAAAAGUUUUGGCUGGAUAUAUGGUUAAAAACAAGGGCUUCUUACCUUCUGCACCCUCAGAAAUUCCUGUUCAGAGAAACCAAUUGAAGGAUAUUAUAAGUUCUCUACUCCCAGCUUGUGAAGAACCUGAUAUGGAUACUGGGGUACCCUUUAAACCAGAUGCGAUUAUUGCUAAUCCCCCAGCAUAUGGGCAUACACAUGUUGCGGAAGCACUGAAAAUUCCAAUUCAUAUUUUCUUUACAAUGCCAUGGACGCCAACUAGCGAAUUUCCUCAUCCAUUGUCCCGCAUUAAACAACCAGCUGGAUAUCGGCUGUCGUAUCAGAUUGUUGACUCCUUGAUUUGGCUAGGAAUUCGAGAUAUGAUUAAUGAUACCAGGAAAAGAAAACUGAAGCUAAGACCAGUUACAUAUUUAAGCAGUUCUCAAGUCUCUGUGCUGGAUAUCCCACAUGGAUAUAUUUGGAGUCCUCACCUUGUUUCUAAACCAAAAGAUUGGGGACCAAAGGUUGAUGUGGUGGGAUUUUGCUUCCUCGAUCUUGCAUCUGGUUAUGAACCUCCAGAAUCAUUAGUAAAUUGGCUGAAAGAUGGUCAGAAGCCCAUUUACAUUGGCUUUGGUAGUCUUCCUGUUCAAGAGCCAGAGAAAAUGACCCAAAUAAUUGUUGAAGCAUUGGAACGCACUGGACAAAGGGGGAUCAUUAACAAAGGCUGGGGUGGCCUUGGCAAUUUGGCUGAGCCAAAGGAUUUUGUGUACUUGCUUGAUAAUUGUCCCCAUGACUGGCUAUUCUUACAAUGUUCUGCAGUGGUGCACCAUGGGGGUGCUGGAACAACGGCUGCUGGUCUUAAAGCUGCGUGUCCAACAACUAUUGUACCCUUCUUUGGUGACCAGCCAUUUUGGGGGGAAAGGGUGCACGCUAGAGGUGUAGGCCCUCCACCUAUACCUAUCGAUGAAUUUUCCCUUCCUAAGCUGGUUGAGGCAAUUGAAUUCAUGCUUGAUCCUAAGGUAAAGGAGCGCGCAGUUGAGCUGGCUAAGGCGAUGGAGAAUGAAGAUGGGGUCACUGGAGCAGUAAAAGCCUUCUUUAAGCAUCUUCCCCGCAAUAAUGAGCCUGAUCUUGAUGAAACACCUGCACGACGAAGUUUAUUUUCUUUAAGAAGAUGCUUAGGUUUUUGCUAGAUCUCAAAGUGGAUAAAGAUGUGUGAAAUUGUCUGUUUGUCACUAUAAACUAUCUGUACCUUGUUCCUGCAAUAAUGUAAUAUUUUUAUAC